CCAGCAGACAUCUCAAACUUACAUAGAGCAAAAUUCUCCAUUGUUUUCAUCAGAUCUCAGUUUGCAGUUGAGGAUUUUGCCUAUUCCUCAGCUACCUUCCUAGGCUUCUCUCGGACGCACCUCCCCAACUCUUGCUUACACUCCCAUCCAGCAUGGCUGCGAAGGGAGACGGUCCCGCUAUCGGUAUCGAUCUCGGUACCACGUACAGCUGCGUCGGCGUGUGGCAGCAUGAUCGCGUGGAGAUCAUCGCCAACGACCAGGGUAACCGUACCACGCCGUCCUAUGUCGCCUUCACCGACACCGAGCGCCUCAUUGGCGAUGCUGCGAAGAAUCAAGUCGCGAUGAACCCCAUUAACACUGUCUUCGAUGCGAAGCGUUUGAUCGGCCGUCGCUUCUCAGACGCUCCCGUCCAGAGUGACAUCAAGCUCUGGCCGUUCAAGGUUAUCGCAGGCCCCGGCGAGAAGCCCAUGAUUGAGGUCCAAUACAAGGGUGAGACGAAGCAGUUCGCCGCUGAGGAGAUCUCGUCCAUGGUGCUCAUCAAGAUGAAGGAGAUCGCCGAGGCGUACCUCGGAACCACCGUGAAGAACGGUGUUGUCACCGUCCCCGCAUACUUCAACGACUCGCAACGACAAGCCACCAAGGACGCCGGCGUCAUCGCUGGGCUGAACGUGCUCCGUAUCAUCAACGAGCCCACCGCGGCUGCUAUCGCGUACGGACUCGAUAAGAAGGCCACCAGCUCCGGUGAGAAGAACGUGCUUAUCUUCGAUCUCGGCGGGGGAACCUUCGAUGUGUCGCUGCUUACCAUUGAGGAGGGUAUCUUCGAGGUGAAGGCGACCGCUGGCGACACUCACUUGGGCGGUGAGGACUUCGACAACCGGCUGGUGAACCACUUCGUGCAGGAGUUCAAGCGCAAGUACAAAAAGGACAUCACCAACAACCCCAGGGCCCUCCGUCGCCUCCGCACGGCCUGCGAGCGCGCCAAGAGAACGCUGUCGUCGACUGCUCAGACGACGAUCGAGAUUGACUCUCUGUACGAGGGUAUUGACUUCUACUCCACCAUCACCCGCGCCAGAUUUGAGGAGCUCAACAUGGACAUGUUCCGCAAGUGCAUGGAGCCGGUGGAGAAGUGCAUCAAGGACGCCAAGAUGGACAAGGGGCAGAUCCACGACGUCGUGCUCGUCGGCGGCUCUACCCGUAUCCCCAAGGUGCAGCAGCUGCUGCAGGACUUUUUCAACGGGAAGGAGCUCUGCAAGAGCAUCAACCCCGACGAGGCCGUCGCGUACGGUGCGGCUGUCCAGGCCGCCAUUCUCAGCGGUGAGGGCAACGAGAAGGUGCAGGAUCUGCUGCUGCUCGACGUCACCCCUCUCUCCCUGGGUCUGGAGACCGCCGGCGGUGUCAUGACCGUGAUCAUCCCCAGGAAUACCACCAUUCCUACCAAGAAGGAGCAGGUGUUUUCGACCUUCUCCGACAACCAGCCCGGUGUGCUGAUCCAGGUGUUUGAGGGUGAGCGCGCCAAGACCCGCGACAACCAUCUUCUCGGCAAGUUCGAGCUGUCCGGCAUCCCCCCCGCUCCUCGCGGCGUCCCCCAGAUUACCGUCUGCUUCGACAUUGACGCUAACGGUAUCCUGAACGUCAGCGCCGAGGACAAGACUACCGGCCAGAAGAACAAGAUUACCAUCACGAAUGACAAGGGCCGUCUGUCUAAGGACGAGAUCGAGAAGAUGGUGCAGGACGCUGAGAGGUAUAAGGAGGACGACGAGCAGCACAAGAAGAAGGUGGAGGCGAAGAACUCGCUGGAGAACUACGCCUACAACAUGCGCAACACCAUCAAGGACGACAAGAUCGCCUCCAAGCUGGAAGCCGACGACAGGAAGAAGAUCGAGGACGCGGUGCAGGGGACCAUCGACUGGCUGGACCAGAACCAGCUGGCGGAGGUGGACGAGUUCGAAGACAAGAUGAAGGAGCUCGAGGGCAUCUGCAACCCCAUCAUCGCCCGCAUGUACCAGGGCGCGGGCGGCGCUCCUCCUGAUGCGGACAUGGAUGGCGCUGGCGCCGGAUUUGGCGGCGGUGCUUCCGGUGGCGGUGGCUCUGCUGGCCCCAAGAUCGAGGAGGUCGACUAAUUUGAUGAAGCUGGUUGAUUGUAGUGUGUAAACCUAGUUGAAAUCCAACAAUUUUGCAAUUUCACUACCCAAGCAGUUGGUGAAAGGCCCUUAUCCUUUUGAUAGCAUAUGGUUGCCCAAGCCUGGUCUAGUCAGUAGCUUGACAGGGCGAACAUGCUGCUUGACUCUAGGUGUGCGCCUGGAUUUCGACCUUAUGUAGAUCACGGUGGCUAGGAUUGUACUUCCAAGAUAACAUGAAGUGAUGGUUACUGCCUGA